GCAGCUUCUUCAGUUCAACUGACUGGUGUGGGAAGUCCUCGGUAUAUAAACUCUUCCACUAAUCCAAUCACAAUGGAUCAUAAAUCCUUACGGAGCUUCCUUCGUCAUUACUGCCUUGAUGCCUUAGAACAAUAUAUGAAAAGAGAAAAGAACCCCACUUAUAACCAACAGGAUAUUGCAGUAAUCCCAAAUUUGAGGAAAUGAGACAAUGAUUAUUAUCAGCCAGUGAUAUAAUAAGCAAGUGAAUUCUCAGCAGACACUCACUGAACAGAGGAAGCAGGGAAGGGUUCUUAAAGCAGAUUAUGGGAAUACAUGGUUUGCUGUUAUGUGCACAUCUAGCAUCAUACGUAUAUGGAACAUCAUUCUCCACUGGAAACCUGAGCUGCUAUGUGAAUUAUGUAACUACCAUGCACUGCACUUGGUCCAAAGGAGAGUUUCUUGGAGAAGGACCAUAUUCACUAUUUGUAAUCAGUGACUACAUUGAUUUUGUAUAUAACUAUACCUGUAAACUCUGUGCCAAAAGUGACGUGGAGAAUGAGUACAGCUGCAGUUUCGAUAUCGAAGAAAUGUUCAAUGAAAACGACAUGUAUACCAUUUAUCUACAAACGCCAGUCAGUGUCAAUGGCAAUGCCGUCUUCAGUACCACAUUGCUGAUGAGUGAAUUUGAGCCUUUUGCCAACAUACAAUUUGAUCCACCAUAUAAUCUUUGGAGCAGCUUCCUUGACAAUAAGUACCGAAUAGCCUGGAACAUGUCAGAUGUUCUCCAGGAUGGCAUGAUAUAUCAAAUGCAACUGAAGAAAGAGAGUUUACCCUGGGAGAAAACCGGACGCAUAUUCACCAUUGACAAUGACCAUUAUUUGGAGAUUGAGCCCUCUGAUUUGGAACUAAAUUCUGUGUAUGUGGUGCGUUUGCGCUGUAAAACCCGUCAAGGCUAUCAUUCAUAUCAGAGCCAAUGGAGCGGGUGGAGCUCCGAGCUGCAAAUACAGACUUCCUAUCUAGUGCAAAGUGUUGUGAAUGGGAAUAAAAGCAGCCUGAGCAAUCAUAUUAUUUCCCUGCUAGUUACAAUGAUCAUAACCCUUAUCAUACUGUACCUGUUCUUCAGUUUUAAAGUGCCUGCCAGGGUGAAAAUAAUGUUAUUGAAGAAUGUUCCAACAGCUGCUGAAUUUUUCCAGCCUCUUUAUGAUGAUCAUAAGGGGAAUUUCCAGAACUGGACAAAAUAUCCUCAGAAGAAACCACCUGACCAAGAAGGACAAAGCACAGAAGACAAGGCAGAUGUAGAUAUUCUUAGCACAACUGUUCUAGACAUUCCCAAGGAGACAAUAUCUAGUGUGGAGCGUUUGGAGCCUUUGUCAGCAGAAGACAUUCCAGUAGCAGAGUAUAGUUGUGUCCUGCCGUUCCUUUCUAAUGCAUUGCUUGAAAGAAAUAUUUUGGUUCAUGAAAUCGUUUUCCCCAAUGUUCUUCCAGGUUCUACUGAUUAUGUUUUUGGGGACUUUAGUUUCAAAGCAAACUAUGUUUCACAUAAUGCUAAAGACUUUAACUUCAUGCAGGUCAAGUAAAGCAACUCAUUUAGAUUUACACAUGUGAGGAUGAUUAUUAAAAGGAAAAAAGUAUAUGUUUUUACAUUGCUAUAAUUUUCCAGCCUGGACCUCUGUCUCUGCUUAUAGAAAUACAUUUUAACAAACUAAAAUGGUGAUCUUGAUUCAUAGGAGAAGUAAAGCAUAAAAAUUAAUAUGGCUAAAAUACCAUAUUUUAUAUACUGCACUUAUUGCACCAGCCUAAAGUUUCAGCUUCUCGAUAGCAACAAUAAUUUGUCAGAGGGGGUCACCAUCUUGGAAAUUGUCUAUGACACUCACAUGCUCAGUGGGCUCUGAGCAGCUGUUGAGAAGCUAA